GGUCGCACGGCCGUGAUUUGUCCGAUGGCUGUGAUAUACCGAAAUACCCGCGCAAUAAACGAAUCCCGACGGUCACAGCACGGAGACACCGGCCGCACUCGCGCGCUCCCCGCCGGCUAGCACGGCGACUCCCGCGUCUCCCGCGUCGCGCACGCUUCCACACGUACGGUUAAACUGCAGCUAGGGCAUGGCAACUACAUCUAGAAGUAGGAGAAAGCAGGAUGAUGAGAAAAAAAAUAAGAAAAAACAGUCGCCCGUCGACGACCGGCCGUCCGUGCCUUCCCCCAGCGAAUCUAUGCUUCAAAAUCUCCGGACAGCGUUCGGUCUGUUGGACCGGGACAGCGAUGGGCACGUCACGCCGGCUGAGCUGCAGUUCAUGCUGCGGAACCUCGGCAUUGAGGUCAGCGACGACCUCAUAGCGGACCUCAUCAAGGACGCCAGUAAAACUGGAAGUGUGAUAAUUGAUGAAAAUGAAUUCAUGCAGUGGGUGACGAAGAUUCAAGCGCUGCAAGGAAUGGAUGUCAGUACGAGUGGAGGCGAUUCAGAGGAAGAAAUCACGAGAGACCUCCUCGCGGCCUUUAAGGUUUUCGACCGCGACGACAACGGCUACAUAACACGAGACGAGCUCCGGACGGCGCUCGAGAUGAUAGGCGAACCGGUGACGGACGCGCAGCUCAACCAGGUGCUGGCGCUCGGGGACAUCGACCGCGACGGCCGGAUCGACUAUGAAGAGUUCGUGAAGAUGCUGUUGUAAUGUACCUCAAACGCGAUGAAAGACCUCACUAGAUGUAAUGAGAUAGGAUAGACGUAAGAUGAUUGAUAUGACUUUUGUCAUGUUUUGCCGGCGAAGCGCCGUAGUUUUGUUUAGGCUUUUAAGUACUUACUUUUAGUUAUAAUUGGAUAUAAAUGUCCAUAAUAUUAAUAGGUUAAUGUAAUUAUAUAUUUUUAUAGGUUAUCCAGAUAGCUAUGUAGGUACUUAACGUUAGAUAAGUGCUUCAUUUGUCGUGCAUGGAUAAGUGAUAGGUUACCUUACUUUCUCGUACAUUUCUUUAUUUUGUUGUCUUAAAUUCCCGAGUCAAUAUUGUACGUCCCAAUUAUAUUUUUAGGUAUCUAUGUAAUAUGUUAUGUUGCAUGUAGCUGUAUACCUGUAAAUUGUUGUCUUAAAAGUAACGUACUUCCAUGUAUAUUUUUAUAUAAAUAUUCGAAAGUAUUUCCUUGGAAAAUAAAUACAUAGGUACAAUCGAAAUCACAAAAGACACAAAUAUAUUAUUGAUACAAAUUAGAUCAAGUAUUAUUUACAGUCUUAAUUAUAAAUGGUUACAUAUUCAUUAACUAAGAAAUCAAUUUAACGUUACGGCUUUGUUAAUAAAAAUUAAACGUUUUUUAUAUAAUAAAAUAAUAACUUUAUUUUUAAAAAAACAGUCCAGAGAAAAUUACAAAGAAAAAUGGUUACAGUAGAGUAUUAAAAACAUGACGAUAAUGUAAUGGAAAAACUAUUUACAAUAUAACAAAAUGUUACAAUAAACAUUAUUAUCAAUU